GAGGGAGACACUCAAAUACUUUAGAGAAAAACAAAUUUUACAACCACGGACUCCGAGGAAGGCGUGCGAAGGCUCCACAGUUGGGGAGGGUGCCCACAGUCGCCGAGGGGACAUCUGGAUUUGCUCUGGUGGGGAGAGCAUUCCUGGCAGGGGAGAUGGGAAAGGGGUCGGACAAAGAUGCUGGGGCAGCGGAGGGGCUCGGGUUCGGGCUCGGGGUCGGGGUCGUUCUGCAGCAGGAGAUUCAGCUCGCACAGAGUUCCACGCAGGCCGCGGCGACUGGGAUCUGGGCCGCAAAGGGGCGGGCAGAGAACUGCAGAGAAAACUCCCGAAGCCAGGGAGGGGGCUUGGAAGCGCCUCAGACCAUAUUGGGGACGUCUGGCAGCCGGAGGCACCGAACCCCGCCCCCGCGUGCUCUGGGCCUCCCGGGGGAGCGCCCCGGCCUGCGACAGCCGCCACAGCUCCCGAGCCCGGGGACCCGGCUGCCCGCCACCAUUGAUCCCCGGCCCGCAACCCAGUGUCCUGCUAGGCCCCCACCGGCCCGGGGGCCACAUCCGGCGUGUCCCACCCGCCGCGCCACGCUCCCGAGCUCCCCCGCGGCCGAGAGUGGUGCGCCCCGGCCCUGCCCCCUGACGCCGGCGAGGGGCGCGGCCUCCGUCACGUGACAGGGAGUGACCUCGCCGCCGGGUGCCAUGGGAGCUUUGGACCCGGAAGUGGCGCCCUGGGCUCGCGGCGGUGCCGCGGGGAUGGCGGGAGCCGGAGCUGGAGCCGGAGCUCGCGGCGGAGCGGCGGCGGGGGUCGAGGCCCGAGCUCGCGAUCCACCGCCCGCGCACCGCGCACAUCCUCGCCACCCUCGGCCUGCGGCUCAGCCCUCGGCCCGCAGGAUGGACGGCGGGUCAGGGGGCCUGGGGUCUGGGGACAACGCCCCGACCACUGAGGCUCUUUUCGUGGCGCUGGGCGCGGGCGUGACGGCGCUCAGUCAUCCCCUGCUCUACGUGAAGCUGCUCAUCCAGGUGGGUCAUGAGCCGAUGCCCCCCACCCUUGGGACCAAUGUGCUGGGGAGGAAGGUCCUCUAUCUGCCGAGCUUCUUCACCUAUGCCAAGUACAUUGUGCAAGUGGAUGGUAAGAUAGGGCUGUUCCGAGGCCUGAGUCCCCGGCUGAUGUCCAACGCCCUUUCCACUGUGACUCGGGGUAGCAUGAAGAAGGUUUUCCCUCCAGAUGAGAUUGAGCAGGUUUCCAACAAGGAUGAUAUGAAGACUUCCCUGAAGAAAGUUGUGAAGGAGACCUCCUACGAGAUGAUGAUGCAGUGUGUGUCCCGCAUGUUGGCCCACCCCCUGCACGUCAUCUCAAUGCGCUGCAUGGUCCAGUUUGUGGGACGGGAGGCCAAGUACAGUGGUGUGCUGAGCUCCAUUGGGAAAAUUUUCAAAGAGGAAGGGCUGCUGGGAUUCUUUGUUGGAUUAAUCCCUCACCUCCUGGGCGAUGUGGUUUUCUUGUGGGGCUGUAACCUGCUGGCCCACUUCAUCAAUGCCUACCUGGUGGAUGACAGCGUGAGUGACACCCCAGGGGGGCUGGGAAACGACCAGAAUCCAGGUUCCCAGUUCAGCCAGGCCCUGGCCAUCCGGAGCUAUACCAAGUUCGUGAUGGGGAUUGCAGUGAGCAUGCUGACCUACCCCUUCCUGCUAGUCGGCGACCUCAUGGCUGUGAACAACUGCGGGCUGCAGGCUGGGCUUCCCCCUUACUCCCCGGUGUUCAAAUCCUGGAUUCACUGCUGGAAGUACCUGAGUGUGCAGGGCCAGCUCUUCCGAGGCUCCAGCCUGCUUUUCCGCCGGGUGUCAUCAGGAUCAUGCUUUGCCCUGGAGUAACCUGAAUCAUCUAAAAAACGGUCUCAACCUGGCCACCGUGGGUGAGGCCUGACCACCUUGGGACACCUGCAAGACGACUCCAAACCAACAACAACCAGAUGUGCUCCAGCCCAGCCGGGCUUCAGUUUCCAUAUUUGCCAUGUGUCUGUCCAGAUGUGGGGUUGGGCGGGGAUGGGGCUGCACCCAGUGGAUUGGGUCACCUGGCAGACCUGGGGAAGAUGAGGCGAGGUGGGGAGUUGAGAGAAUCCCCAUACCUCCCAGAUUUGCUGAGUCUGUCUUGUGCAAAGGGCCAGAGAAUGGCUUAUGGGGGCCCAGGUUGGAUGGGGAAAGGCUAAUGGGGUCAGACCCCACCCCCUCUACCUCUCCAGUCAGCCCAGCGCCCAUCCUGCAGCUCAGCUGGGAGCAUCAUUCUCCUGCUUUGUACAUAGGGCGUGAUCCCCUGGCACAUGGCCACCAUCAUGUCUAGGCCUAUGCUAGGAGGCAAAUGCCAGGCUCUGCCUGCGUUUUUCUCAACACUACUUUUCUGAUAUGAGGGCAGCACCUGCCUCUGAAUGGGAAAUCAUGCGACGACUCGGAAUGUGUCCUCCUCAUCGAAUGCUCACAUGUUUAAUGGUGAUGCCUCGCAUACAGGAUCUGGUUCCCUGUGCAGUUGUGAAUACCCAGAGGUUGGGCAGAUCAGUGUCUCCAGUCCCACCCAGUUUUAAAGUUCAUGGUAAGAUUUGACCCCAUCUCCCGCAAAUAAAUGUAUUGGUGAUUUGGA